AUGAAAAGAGGACACAAGAGCAGCUCAUCGUUUAGUGAUCAGAAAAAAUUCAACGAAGACGAGACAAACGAUGAGAGCAGUGAGGACAGGGAACGUGAACAUCUGAGAGAGCAGUAUUCACUGAUGAUUGAUCAACUUUUCUAUAAGAGAUUCUCGCUGAAACAUCACAAAGCAACAACCAUUAAGAAAUAUGAUGAUGUUAAGCUAGAAUUGCUUAAAUUAGAAGAACGCUUAAAUCAUGUUAAGUCUCAAAUACCAACGAGCCAUCUCAAAGAAUGGCGUUUACACACCAAAAGAACGCAUCCGAUGCGGCCGCUUGUUCAACAGCUCAUCCAUAACUAUGGAUUACAGUGCUGCUCGCAGGCAUUCUGCAAAUUUUACGAAAUAUUAAAAAGAUAUCCUGAUCUCUGUGAAUUAAAAUCAGAUCCUCAUGAGAACAAUGAAUUGAGAUCACUGCAUUUAUGUGAAGCACCAGGUGCAUUCAUAUCCGCGUUGAAUGUUUAUCUCAGAUUGAAAAAACCCGAUUUGAAAUGGUCAUGGAGAGCAAACACUUUAAAUCCGCAUUAUGAGUGGACUCGAACGAGCGAUAUGUUCGUUGACGAUGAGUUGUUAACGAGUACGCAUUCGAAUUGGUUAUUUGGUGAGGACAAUAGCGGUGAUAUUAUGCAAUGGGAUCGAGAGUACCUCAACACUUUGCUUGAGAACAAUGAACACUACUUUAAUCUUAUCACUGCAGAUGGCAGUUUGUAUUGCCAGAAUGAUCCAUCAAAUCAAGAAUGCCUUACUUAUCCACUACUAAAGAAACAAGUAGAAAUAUCACUUUUUUUACUCGAAACCGGUGGUUCAUUAGUCAUUAAAAUAUACACAAUGCUACGAGAGGAAACAUCCAGUUUAAUCGCCCGUUUGCUACGAUCCUUCGACGAAGUGGAUUUAUUCAAACCAUCUUCAAGUAAACCGAGCAACUCUGAAGUCUAUUUGAUCUGUCGUGGUUAUAAACGAGACGUCAUGAGCACUGAUAUCGUCAUGUGGACGGUGAUUUUUUAUAUUUCAUCGAGAUAA